UCUCUAAUUCAUACGUCAAAAUUUCAAAAUUGGUUCGUCCUGGCUCCCGCCUUGCUUCUUCUGAACGACAGAGACACAAAGAGAGAUCUGAUCGGCCGGCGGAGAGAGGAACCACCGCUAUUUCUCAAACAAUUCGCUUCUGCCUACGGCGUCGUCUGAGGAAACGCAUGAUUGAGAAUACCUGGUGUUACUUAUCAAGCUUCAUUCAAACUGGCUUAAAUGGCGAAGCGAAGAGGGAGAAAACCGGUCAAGAAAGCGGUUUCAGCGGAUGAUUCACACGCCAAAGGCUCGAGAGAGCCCGAAAUCGAAGACAAAGAAGCUGCGAUUUUGCAGCAAGAAGUUGAACGAGAAAGUGCUGCAGCUAGGGCUAUUCGUGAUGUGGAGAUUGAACAUACACUUACUGGUUUGCGUUUACUAAGAUCAUGUUUAAAUGAGGAACAGUUGAAAACCCCUGUUUUGCAAUUUUUCAAAGAAAAUCUUCCAGACCUUUCAAUUGUAAGAAACAAAGAAAAUGGGCAUUUUGAAGUGCAAUGGAAUGAUAAUGAUGGUAAUUCAUGUAUGUACAAUGCUGAUGGAAGAGAUAUACAUACUUCCCUUCUGCAGAGGAUGUCCAUUGCUUAUCCUUUUGGCUCUGCUGCUCCCUCUUUUGGUGGCUAUGAGUUAUCAACCAAAUCAGUUAAAACAAAGGUUCUAGGUGCUGAAAACCUGCAGAUCAGAGACUUUUUUCCGGAGGAGCCGAGUGAUUCUCAGAUGCUUGGAAUGCAUGAUGCCUUUCGAACUCCUGGGGCUACCAGCCAAAGGCUAUCUAUUGGAAUGACCCCGAAAACUUUAAGGUUGCCUAAGCCUGGUGAGAUGCUUCUUUCUGUUCAUGGUUCACCUCUCGGUGUUUACAAGGAGGAGAACAUGGAAGCAAUACGGGAGUCAGACGAGGACUGACUGGCUUCGAGUUGUUCUCUUCUUGAUCUUAGUUUAUGACAAGCAAUGGCUGCCCACUCAAAGCUGGUCUGAAUGUCGUUGUAUUAUUGUAAUUGAAAUUGUAUUUUUAUUCUGAAGAGCCUAUUAUCUUUACACUGAUUUUGACCUAAAACUAGUGUGUAUCAUAUUAACAAUCAGUUUAAGGACUUUUGUCCGUGAUUUAGUAGAU